CAGGCCAAAGGAGCAAGGGGGGUUUGGUGUGUACGCGUGUACACACGACCGCGGUGCUCGACAUGCGCCUUGCUCGCUUCUUCCCGCUACCGCUGGUUCUUCCUUUGCUGUGCGGUGUGGCUGGUGUAGCGAGCACAGCAAGCAAGCUGAUUAUUGUCACGGGGGCAAACUCAGGCAUCGGGAAGGAAUGCUGUCGGCAUCUCGCGGCGCUCGGAGGUUACAGGGUCAUGAUGGCCUGCCGGAACGUGACCGCGGGCCACGAAGCCGCCAACGACAUCCUCCGGCAGCACCCGGACGCCUGCGUGGAGUGUCACCCUCUGGACCUGGCCUCCUUCGCCUCCGUGCGGUCCUUCGCCAAGAGUGCCGUCGGGGGGCGGGCCGUGUCGGCGGUGAUCCACAACGCGGGCGUGAUGGCCGUGCCCUACCAGACCACCGUCGACGGACACGAGCUCACUUUUCAGGUGAAUCACUUGGCUCAGUUCUUCCUGACGGAGCUGUUGCUUCCGAACCUGAGGAGGGCCUACAGGGACACGGGCGAGCUGUCGCGAGUGGUUAUCGUCGCUAGCGGCGCGCACAGAUGGGCCUCCACCAACAACCAGGGAGCGGCGGGCGGGCUAGCCAGAGGCGCGGGUGCUGCGCAGCACGAGGUCGGGGCAGGGGGGGUAUCGUACGCCACGGAGAUGUCGCGGGGCUGGGGAAAGUGGCAGGCCUACGCCGGGAGCAAGCUUUGCAACGUCUUGUACGCGGCGGAGCUGACGAGACGUUACGGCGGGGAGGAUAGCGGGGUAGUUGGGGUGGCGGUGAGGCCCGGGACGGUGCGGACGGCCAUCGCAAGGCAUAGCCCGCUGCUGAGGUUCAUUUUCACCCUGGUGCAGCCGUUCCUGACUUCGGUGGAGAAGGCCGGGGAGGUGGUGUCGAACGCGGCGGUUGAUCCCUACGUCGCCGCCGGCGCGUACUACGACAAGGAUGUCCGCACGCCGGCCAGCGCGGCGGGGCAGGACAUGGAGCUGCAGGCCGCGCUGUGGGCGGUUACCAUGAACAUCCUCGUGUCCGGGGGAGAUCUCCAGCGAGCCGUUGAUUUGAGAUGAUUUUGAACAGUUUUGGAUUCGAUUUUUUUAGUUUUAUGUCGUGUUGUAGGUGUGUCACUCGCUGCAAAGGGCGCGUGUUCUGUGCGCGUGAUGUUGCCCGUUGCCGGUUGGCUUGGUUUUGGGCGUGGAUCCCGGGGUUUGAUUCGAAGGUCGCGUCGCCAAGUUGUACGUGGGAAGCCCGGGGAGUGGGCCUGUUCUGUCCUUGCCCAAGAGCGUACUUUCGGGUGGAGCGUAAAAGCAUCCGGAUUCCGUCCAUCGUCGUAGUUCUCGACUUGCAGCAGGUGCCCAUCUGCCUCAAGCGACAAAACCUGGAACGAGAUAGAGAUUGAAAGUAUAAAUGGUUACGUUACCAUCCGUCCGCAGUCCAAACAGCGAGUGGGUGAUCUUUCAAGCUCUAUGCCACCGAGCGAAGCGUUGGCGUCGACUUACCCCCGCCCCCAUGUUGCUCUGAAAAACAGAAAAAUGGUCCGGACAAACCCAAGGGACGGAACGCGCGCAUGUACAUAAAUAUGCAGGCAAAUGCGCUCUUGCACAAGAUAGAGAGGGGGGGGGUACUCUUUGCUCCCGGCUGCAUGUCGGAGGAGGUCGUCCCACACGUGGGCAACCAGAGCAUGUCGUUUUGCUGGUAGCUAAGCUCAAGCGACUUUUCCACGAAACUUGUAGAUGUGGGGGUGGUUGGCUGGCUACGGUGGGAUAAGAGUUGAUUGAGGAACGCUUUUCGAUGGUGUUGAGCGACAUGUACCCGUACUUAGAACGGUGUGUGUGUCCCCUCCAUCUGUCUUUCCUUCUCGGGCCCGUCGUACUCAUGUUAGUUCAAGUCAGCGCCCAGUCCAAAGGAUGCAGGGAGCUUCGGUGGUGGUGCCCACAGGAAAGGACAGGCUCGUGUUCCCACUCUGUACGUUUGCGGGUUGCCUUGGCCAAUUUCUCCGAAUAUCUUGGGCACGGUUUUGUUUUUUGUUCCUCUGCUUGAGGGCCGAGGUUUGGGAGACGCGGGGAGGUGGGGGGUGGCCUGAAAGGUAGCCGUUGUUUAGCCGCUUCCGUCGUUGGAGAUAUCGGCCCGGCUAGCCUGCUGCCGUGUAAAUGUACUCCCUUUGUUUUCUUCACCUCUGUUUACUUCAGAACCAACCGUAAUAUAUCCCCUUGCUCUCUGUAGGGUAGCCGACGUCACACACUUCGUGCAGUGUCGUAGGGACGGGAUGAUCGCUGUCGUCGUAUGCAGCUUUCUUUUUUGGGUGUGCGUCUCGGGGCGUUGUUGUAAUGUGCACAGGAUUUUGUGAAGGGCAUGGCAUAUUGCUCGCUCAGUAGACAGAACGAUGCCAGGGCCAUUCACCGGUGGGACGGGUUCGUGUUUUGUUCACUGCGGCGGAGCGUCGUUAUGUUUGGAGCGUGGUUAUGUUUGGAAACGUAAAACAUCGGAGCGGUGCUACAUUCGAUAUUUACGUUUUGACCUUGAAUUGUUACGGGGCGCUACGGUUUGGCCUACUCCGUGGUGUGCACCGUGCGAACCCAGAACUGCGGCGGUGAUUCGGGGUCUGAAAUAAAAAGAAAAAAGCGUGGGGAUACAUAUUGUACCCGCACAA